UGAAAAUAAAAAUAAUUUAAUAAGAAACCAGUUAAUGAAAAAAAAAGUCUUUUAGUUUGGGGUAGUAUUUAAGUUAAGGAGAGUUAUUUGUAUUUUAAAAAAAAAUUAUUUGGCACUUUACCCCUAUAAUUUUAUAUCGCUGUAACAGAAGAAUCUCCUCAGUUUCAUAUAAACGGUAAACCCAGGCAUCGAUCAUGUAUGAAGAGACUCACCAACUCUCUCUUCCUCCACGCAUUCAACUCCCUCAAAACCCUAAUAAUCCAGAACCUCUGCCCACAAGCUCUCAGAGUUUCAACCUCUCUUCACAGCCCCUACCUCACAGACACAACCUAUGCCCUCUUCAUCAAAUCAGGUUUCGUGCUCGACCCAAUUCUGGCCACCUCUCUUAUCACCCAUUUUUCACUCUCCGGCGACUUCUCACGCGCCACCCAAUUUCUAAGAGACACCAACAAUCCAGACACCGUCGUUUAUAACUCUCUCAUUUCUGGGUACGCCCGGGUUGGACAAUCCAAGCCCGUUUUCGCUCUCUUCAACGGGUUGAGGCAAGUGGGUCUCAAGCCCGAUGUGUACACACUGAGUUCUUUGAUCAAAGCUUGUGAUAGUUUGGAGCAAAAUGAGAUUGCCCAUGGAGUUUCCAUCAGAAUGGGGUUUGAUUCGGGUGCUUUUUUGGUCAGUGGACUCAUUGAAAACUAUUCAAAAUCGGGUCUUGUUGAUAGUGCUGAGAAGUGCUUUGAGGGAUGUUUGGUUUUGGAUUCUGUGGUUUGGACGGCUAUGAUUAAUGGGUAUGGUUUGAAUGAAGAGCUUGAGAAAGGUAGGAAGGUUUUUAUGGAAAUGAAGGGUUUGGGUUUGGAAUUGAAUGAAUUUAGCUUGACUAGUGUGCUGGGUUCAUUGCUUGAGGUCAAAGAAGGUGGACAGAUUCAUGGGUUUAGCGUAAAAAUGGGCUUUUUAUGUGGGCGCUCAACUCAUUUGACUAAUGCAGUUAUGAAUAUGUAUUGUAGGUGUGGAACUAAUGCUGAUGCAGUUAAAGUAUUUGAUGAAAUUUCUGACCCAGAUGUUGUAUCUUGGACGGUGAGGAUUGGUGCGGCCUGUGAUGGUGUAGAAGCUCUGGAAAUGUUUAAAAUUUGCUGCUCAAGAGGUGUGGAAAUUAAUGAGUAUACAUUGACUAAUGUUUUGCCUACCAUUGGAGAUCCAGUGUUGUUGAAACCUGGGAAACAAAUUCAUGCACUUAGUUACAAGGCUGGGCAUUUGCUUGUGGUCUCUGUUAACAAUGCCUUGAUUUCCAUGUAUGGUAAGAGCGGGCAGAUGGGUGAUGCCAAGCGUGUGUUUGAUGAGCUGAUUUGUCCGGAUUCUGUCUCCUGGAAUUCUCUGAUUACUGGUUACUCCGAGAAUGGGUUUGUUAGUGAAGCAAUGCUGAUGUUUUCUCAGAUGCGUGAUUUCUUGCAACAACCUAAUAAAUAUACUCUUGCUAGCAUUCUUGACGGUGUAUCCAACUCAAAUUCUUCGACACAGGCCAUGCUAAUACAUUCACUAAUUAUUAAACUCGGAUUUGCGUUGAAUAAUUCCAUGCUGUGUUGUUUAAUAACAGCCUAUGGAAAAUGCAACAGGAUUGAUAAAUCAAAGAAGGUGUUUUCGGAGAUUGAUGAAGUGAAUAUGGUACAUCUUAAUGCCAUGGCAGGUACAUUUGUUCGUGCUGGUUACCAUGUUGAUGCCCUGAAAUUAUUCCAAACUAUGUGGAGCUUGUCCCAUGAAGUUGACAGCGUAAGUUUUAGUAUGAUUCUUAAAGCUUGUGGUGCUUUAACAGAUCUGGAUCAAGGAAGAAUAAUUCAUUCUCUGGCCAUAAAAACUGGAAUUAUUGAGGAUAACUUUGUUGAGAGUGCUAUUGUCGAUGCUUACUGCAAGUGUGGAAGCAUAGAUGACGCAGAGAAGGCUUUUAGGAACAUAUCAAAAGACAAUUUGGCUGCUUGGAAUGCCAUGAUGAUGGGAUAUGCUCAACGUGGUUGCUAUUAUGAUGUUCUCAAUCUAUUUGAGAAGAUGUCAGAAUUGGGAAUGAAACAUGAUGAGAUAACUUAUCUCGGAGUUCUUAGUUCAUGUUGCCAUGCAGGGUUAGUGAAUGAAGCACAAUUCUACCUACGCUCAAUGUUUGAACGUCACGGCGUGAUCCCCUGUUUAGAACACUAUGCCUGCAUAGUUGACAUGCUCGGUAGGGUUGGAUUUCUAGAAGAUGCAAAGAAGACCAUUGAUCAUAUGCCUAUUUGCCCUGAUGCUCAAAUAUGGCAAAUUCUUUUAUCAGCUUGUAAUAUCCAUGGAAAUGUUGAUCUGGGAAAAAUUGCAGCAAGAAAGCUUCUUGAAUUGCAGCCCGAAAAUGACUCUGCUUAUAUUCUUCUCUCAAAUCUCUAUGCUUCUGCUGGUAUGUGGAAUGCUGUUGGAAAAUUGAGAAGGGAAAUGAAGGAAAAAAUGGUUUGUAAGGAACCUGCUUGUAGUUGGAUUCAAGUUAGAGGAUCCAUCCACUACUUUUUUGCUUGCGAUAGUUCACACCCUGAGAGUGCAGAAGUUGAUAUCAAAUUGCAGAGUUUGAACAAACAUAUAUUUCCACUGCAUGACUCAGAUCUGGAUGGCAUUUCUUCAUUUGAUAUAUGAACUUAUUGAGAAUUGAAAACACCUUGAUAUUUCUUGCAACCAAGAACCAUUGGGCCGUGCUGGGAAGGGGGGUGGGCAGGUUGAGGGUUCCUUGGAUUGCACUCUUGGGAUCCAUUAAGGGUUUACACCACCUUUAAAUGGAGUUGGUUUUUUGACCCAUUUUGUCAUACCUUAUAAUACUCCAACUAAUGAAGGGAGAGGUGUACUUGUGGUCUCUCUGUUAUUAUAAUAAGUAGCCCAUCUGCUCUUCGUCACAGAUGAGUUAGCGGCUUGGAGGGAGAUCUUUCAUAUAUUUCGAGAUUGCGAAGCUGAAGCAAGAUUGUUUUUCGUUGGUUGGUGGAAAGAGGAACUCAAGUUAAAGAAACAAGUAAUGAGAUAGAUGACAAAGAAUUUGUAAAACAUUGAAGCGACAUGAGGUUGACCUUUCAGAGUUUCAUGAGUUUUUGUUUUAAAGAUGGGAUAGAGAUUGAAUAUGCAAGUUACAUUUUUCAUUCAGAGGCUUUCUGCUCCUGAAGUUUUCACCAACUGCUGCAGCAGGGACAUCGAAAUCACCUUCUUUUUCAGAUCGGUUGUGUGAAGAUGUUGAUGUUUCUCUUUUUUGAUCUGUAAGGGAAAAAGUGAAUAUAUGACUUAGUUGCUUUGAUUUGGGCCUCAUGGGAGUUUAUCUAGCAGAAAAAUGACUUCUUGUUAUACAAGGGGCUGGGGAAAGAUAAUCCAGGAGAGAGAAGAUCUUGAAAAAGUUUCUUGGGCGGCAGUUGGGGGAACAUGCCAGCAAAAUUGUAUUGAUGUACAAGUUGUUUGCAGGCCAACUUGAGACACAUUGAAUUCAAGAGAUGAUUUGGUGACCGAUUGAUAAAAUGGAUAAUCCAUACUUUAAUGUGCAUAAUGGUUUUUGAGCCUUCUGACUGUGAACAGGUGUGGGUGUGACAGGUAUAUGGAAGCUCUCUUGUGGAUGUUGGGGUUGGUUUUGGACUUCUGUCGUAGAUUAGGUGGAUGAAGACCACGGCGUAUACUGAAUUCAUCUAUUGCUUGCUUGCCCCUGAUUUAAGGCUUUUAAGCCUUACUGACCAUUGGUGGUUUGAGAGACUUGAUGUCUUCCUCUACGGUCUCUACCUAUUACAACUUGUGAACCAUUUUCCUCCACUGGUAUUCUUCUCCCUCUCUCUCUCUCUCUCUCUCUCUCUCUCACUAUGGAGUAAAAGUCUGUCCAUGCAUAUUAAAUUGUAUACUGCUUAUGUAGUUAAAUCAGUUGCCAAAUCAUUGCCAUGACUGUAAAUCUUUGCAUUUUCAUGGUCAAAUGGAUAUUAACAAAUUAAAUUCUUUGAUAUUUGAAGGAAUCCAUACAAGUCAAACCAUAGUCCACUGAAAAAGGGUUAUUUUGCUGCUACGUAAACUUCUAAAUCAUUCCAUCAAAUACAUCCUUGUAGUCUAAAAACCACUUGGAGAGAAAACACAUACACACACACAAAGAAAAGAAGAAGAAGAAGAAGAAGAAGAAUAAGCAAUCAAGCCAUUAAACUUUGUGCAUUGCAUUUACCCAAAAAAUGAAUGUCAAGACACAAGGUACCCGAUUUCUUGAAUGAGAGUAGAAAUAACCUAAAAUUCAUAGUGAUUCCUUGUUUUUCAUGUCAAGACACAAAACAACCUAGAUGGUUUUCUUUGUUCUGUUACACCACCACAAUUUGUAUAUAGAUCUUCAGUACAUACAACUCCCAAAUCCCAAUACCAUCUUUGUAUGGACGAUGUAAAUGCCGGAAGCAAUGGCUUUCUGAGGCCAACCCUCAAAGCAGAUCAUAGGAUCAAAAUUCAGAAGUAAGCCUGCCUUUGGCUCCUUGCCCUUUUCAAAAGAACAUGUUCAACUUAUCGAAGGAGAGCUAAGGUUAAGCCAUACAGAGAUGGCAGAUCAUAUCUAAUCUCGUCAUCAAUGAGCAAUUUGGGCAGUAGAUUCAGUCCAGUUUCUCCAUUCAAAACAAUCAAGCAAUUCUAUGCCUGCAUCAAUGAGAAAACAUAUAGUUUUUUCUCCUUGGCAAGAAACUCAUACACCAUUUGCCUCCAAGAAGACUUGAACCAUCGAUUUUGGGAGGUUGAGGAGAUACCACUAGGUUACGGUCCUUGAUUUGAAAACACAUUGAUGGCGUUAGCUGUGUUCCUUUUGUAUGAUAGAUUUUUUUCAAAAAUGUUAUUUGCUGGCAACAAUGCAACUUUUCACUAUAAGACACUGAUAAAUUACCAAUCCUGUAGUGUAAAACAAGCAAAAGAGGAAGUUGAAAUUCAACUCAUAAUUGAACAAACUUACAUGAAAAAAGAAAAAGAAAACAAAAAAAUUUGAAGAAUCCCAAUUUCACUUUUAAUGCCCUUUUGAUACCAGACAAAAUGUAACAACAGUUCUACAAAGGGAGCCCUGUUGGAAUGAAGUUCAUGGAAGAUCAUUUAAUAAUGAACACAACUAGUUUUAGGAUUCGUAUUACAAUCUGAGAAUUUUUAAGAUUCAUAUUACAAUGCUGCACUUAUCUGUAUUGCGAAUUGAACUUGAAACUAGUUAUGUUCUUAUUUUAAUUCUAAGAUAAAGAUUCCAUGCUUGUAUUGCGAAUUGAACUUGAAACUAGUUAUUUUCUUAUCCUAAUUCUAAGAUACAGAUUCCAUGCUUCCAACCAUAGCCUACGGUAAAAUUGGUUGGAAUUACUAAGCAGAACAUAGAACCAUAAACCUUAUCAAGAAAUUAAAUGAACAAAUGAAUUUUUUUUCCCAAAAUGCAAAUUAAAAAAAAAAAAAAAACGCCCAUGUCUGUGUCUAUAUUUGUGUGUGUGCCUAUUCUUCCAAAAAUUAGUAUUAUUUUAUGUAAGUCAAAAUUUAUGAGGCGAACAAUUAAAAAGGGACGGAUGGAGUAAUACUUGCUUCAAAAGUAAAGGGGGACACAUGUCUGAUGCACUUCACUGUAAGAAAACAAUAAUAGUUGAAGUCAAUCACCGAUAGUUGAUUGGUCGUCUAAGAAUACAUUGUCUCGUGAAUGCUUCUUGGAUUGUGCUUCUGUGUCUCUGCCUCUGUCUCUCUCUCAUUCCCGGAACCUACUACUACUAAAGAGAAUCGGUUUCUUUUUAUGAUGUGCAUUUAGAUAGCUCCAAACAAAGUAGACAACAAGUGAAUUAUAAAAAAUAGUUGACAGAAGACUAGUUGGUAUUUUAGCAUCUUGUUUUGUGAUACCGUUUGGUUGAAUUUUUCGAAGCAAAAAGAAAAAGGAAAAAAAAAAGAAUAUAUAUAUAUAUCACUUGUAUAGUUAUAUACCACCAAAUAAAUAAUUUUUAAAAGAAAAAAAAAAAAAGAAAAACCAGGCCAUCGCACUCCACUUAUCCGACACCCGUGAAUAUUGAAGAUAUGGCUUGAGGCAAUAAAAUGUGUGUUCGAGGAGAGAGAGAGAGUGUCACGGGAUGUUAGGGCUACCAAUCUCUGACAAAGGUGCCAUGAUCUUGGGCCCACCAACUACAUUACACUGCAUUAUCAGCCAAGAAAUACUUAAAUAGGUAUCCAAUAUAUUAUAUACUGUAGUACAGGGUAUAUGUGUGUAUAUACACAAGGGUUGAUUCAUGAAUAACAAAGGAAGUGGGCAAUGGAAUUUGUUUAGUGCGCAUUGUAUUGGAAUUUGGAAUCAUAUCUUCAUGUUCAAGAUAUGGAAAAAAAAGUUGAAGUUCGGCACUAGGCCAUUAUUCUUCUUGCAUUUUCUUUUUUAUUUCUAAAGAACAAAAGAAAGGAGGUUUAACAAGAGAAAAAAUUAAAUUAAAUUAAAUUAAAGGGAGCUUGGACUGACUAAAAAAUAAGGUACCAUCAGCUGCCACAAACAUUUGAUAAGGAUUCCAUGAUCAUAUAAAUAAGUAAAUAAAUAAAUAAGG